AUGGCGGGCAGCGACGCGGACCGCGAGGGCCGGGCGCGCAGGAGCGGCGCGGCGCGGCGUCCCGGGGCCCCCGGCGGGCGGGGAGGCGAGGCGGCCGCCGGCAACCCGGAGCCGCUGUCCACUGCUGAAGCGCCGGCGGACGGCGCUGCGCUGCCCGCCUGGAUUCGCCUCUAUUUCUACGGGAUGCACGGGAUCACCCUGGACGUGCUCGUGUCCUCGGUUCGGCGCUUCGCCAGCAGCCCGGACCUCCGGAUGGUGGGCUUCUCCUCGCCCUACCGCUGCCUGCUGCACUCGCUCACCCACUUAGCCCUGGAGAAGGUCUACCUGCAGCAGCGGCGCUGCCCCAGCGCCUUCCUCUUCAAUUUUCUCGUCUACCCGUCGGCCCACGUGGCGCUGCAGACGCUCGCGGGCCAGGCUCCGCUGCUCGUCCUGCGCAGCGGCCCGGGGGGCGCGGCGGCGCCGGGCACACUGGACCUAGCGCUGCAGUAUGUGCUGGCGCUCUACCACUGCCAUGUGUUCCUGAAGCGCUUCCUGCGCUUGCGGUACCGGCGGCAGCCAGAGCCGCAGCCGCAGCAGCCGUGGCCCCGCGCGCCCCCCGCCCCUCAGGGAGCCCGGGCCCCCGCGGUUGCAGGCGGCCGGAGGCGACCACCCCGAGACACUCAGGGCGCUGGAGGAGCCUCCGGUCAGGGGCUGCCGGACCUGCUCCGCUUUCUUUUCUUCGGAAUGCACGGCUUUUUGGAUGAGAUCUUCUUCACUUUCUUCUUUAACUUACUGGAGCCGGGAGCCGGGGCUACCAGCGGCCACACGUCCCUCUGGUCCUUCUUUAUAUAUGGCAGCUGCAGUUUCGUGGUGGAAAAGCUCUACUUCCACCUGCACCGCCGUCGUGGCUGGAGCACUUGGAAGCGGGUGCCCAUCUACGUGAUCUUCAUCUACGUAUGGGAGUUGUCCUGGGGUCUGGGACUGCGCACGUGCGGCGCCUGCUCCUGGGACUAUUCUCACUACCCGCUCAAUUUCAUGGGCCUCAUCACCCUGAUGUAUUUACCUGGUUGGAUAUUCCUUAGUGUGUACCAGGACCUACUUUCCAACGUGUUGUGGCGGGUGCAGUACAUACCAACUAAAUAAGACCAAAAAAAAAAAA